AUGGAUGUGUUAGUUACGCAGGCAACAAAGAUACUUCGCACAUACCUACGAAAGUCGUCGGCGGAGCGCGAAAACAGCAGCAAGACUGACUCACGGCUUGCAGAUAUCGACGAGUUUGAGGAAGGUGAAAACCUAACAAGUCCUUCUUUCUUGCUCGAAAAAGAUGACAAGACACUUGCACUGGAGACAGAGACAAUGGAAAAAAUUUGUCGAUCUAUUUCGCAGCAUAAACGGUGCGCGUUUGUGUUUGUCUCUCGCGCAGCUGUAGUGUCGCUCAAUGUCAACAAAUACGUAAACCUACGUCAAGAGAUUGAUGAUAAUAAAACAGACGCAGAUGAUCUGGGCGCACAGCAUGUGGAGCCAAUGCGGAAGGUGAUUUUACAGGAGGCAUUGCGGGCCACACGUAAACAGCUACUGCAUGUUUUAUUUGAGACGAUGGUGGAUAUUGAUGUUGGCUUGGAGGCCAAGAAGCAGCUGCAAGAUAUUGCAAGUCAUUUAACAGUUUUAGCCUUAGCCGAGUGCUCACGAGAGGAAUCUAAUUUUCCUGUGCUUUCGUCGUUGCAUGCAUCAACGCUGUAUGCAGCGACAAGAGGCUUGUCACCUGGUCGUCAUUUGGCAACUACAAAACGAAUCGAAAUGCUGCGCCAAGCGACUUAUGGUACCGCAAAAAUGGCGGAAUCAAACGUAACAAAUGAUUUCUUUUCUUUUGUGCAAGUGGUAACAGUUGCGCUAAGCUCUCCGGAUCAACACGCCGUGGAUGCCGCAAAAGAUAUCGCCAUCUUCAUGAUUAAAACGGCAAUCGCGCAGUUUGGCUCACCACGACUAGCUGUGGAACUUGGAGGUGCGUUAUUUAACAGCAUGUGUGAGGCUUUUGCGCACGAAUGCUACGACAAGGGAAGUUGGCGUCAGAAGCUUGGAGGUGCGAUUGGCAUCCAACUUCUUGUGGAUUUACUGGAGCCGCAAUGGUGUCACGAAAAUGAACUCACAAUAAUCAAAGCUUUGUUCUUCGUUCUUUCGGAUCACCCGCCGGAAGUGAGCGCAACUGUAAGUGCUGAGACUGGUGAGGCGCUAGUGAAGGUUGUAAAGACAGCUUGGAGAGCUCGGACAGGGUAUGUGGACCAUCUUGGCGAUAAUGAUCCCAAGAAAAAAGAUUUCUUGUCGUGUGUUGCUUUCCAGAAUACAGAAGUGUUUCAAAUGUUUGUCGUGGAAUUUUUUAGUCCAAAGGCACCAACACGACGAUAUGCGAAACGUUGUAUCGCCACGGUGGCAUUACUACAAGAAACGACUACAUCAGCGCUGCUGUAUCCGUACAACCAGUUGAUCAGCAAGCAAAUUACUGGAUGUAACCUUCGCAUGCUGCCUAGUAACACUAGGACUGGUUAUGUGGAUGCUAUGGCGUACGCAUUGUCGCUAGAUCCACCAAUUUUCUCGCUUACAAAGGAGAUAAUGAUUUUUCUUCAGGAGGUAUGGAAACUAAUUUCGGAAGAUUCGCAGCGCGAUGGAGUGACAAUGAUAGGGGCUGAAAGUCCCAACAACGUUGGAGGUUUGGCUCCAGCAAUUCCAGGUUCAGGGGUGUCGGCUCAGGAAUAUCCUUUUGGGCUUUCACAAGCGUGCGAACUGCGCAUUGCUGCUGCCAAAUUGCUUCGAGCAGCCUUUCUUGCAGCGCCAAACGAUCUAAAUCAGCAUCCUGAGUAUCGCAAUCGUUUUGUGGGCGUGUUUUUUCGAUACUUGACGGGCCAGCCCCCAGAGCUGGUGCAGGUAGCUCAAGAUGCGCUAAUGGACGUCAUUCAGUUGAACAAGCAAAACAAGGAUGUGUUUUUACCGAAGGAACUUUUGCAGCAAUGUUUACGACCGGUGCUUCUUAAUUUGGCUGACUAUCGGAAACUCAACCUGCCGCUGCUAGAAGGACUGUCACGUCUGUUGACGCUGUUAAGCAGUUGUUUCAAUGUGACACUUGGAGAAAAGUUGCUAGAACAUCUAAAGCAAUGGCGGGAUCCAGAUCGUAUUAUUAAAGCAGGAAUUUGGAAGCGAGGUGAAGAGCCCGCUGUAGCAGCAGCAAUUAUGGAUCUCUUUCACUUGCUACCUUCGAAUGACGCGUUUUUGGAGCCAUUAAUUGACUGCGUAGUGGAUCUGGAGGCUGUCUUACCCAAGUACGGAAGCUACGGUAAAAUGAGUUCGCCUUACCGAGUUCCGCUGACGCGUUUCUUGAAUCGCUACGCGUCUAUGGCCGUAUCAUUCUUUCUCAAACGUGAGCAUUUGGUUGAAGUGAAGUAUUCGUCACUCUUUCAGCAGCUUAUCAAGCUACCAGAGGCGGCUCCUCUUCACGCGAUCAUUAUUAGUGAUGGUGGAGCCAAGUUAGUGAUGGAGGCAACGUUUGAUGCAGCGCUUAAGCUAAACACUUCUGAUUUUGCGGACACGAAAGUGGGUGCAGAUGUACUAGGUGAUGGGAAGAUGCAGGCUCAAAUUCAGUUGAAUGCGCAAAAAGCGGCGACACAGGCUGUUGCGACCGCACAGGCUCAAGGGAUGACAGUACCCGCGGCGGAGGCUCGCGGAGAACAAGCUCGCGCGGCAUAUGUAGUAAAAGCUCAGGCCCAAGUAAAUGCCCAGCAAGCUUUGAAGGUGCAGUCUCAAGUGCAAAUUCAGGCCAAUGCUCAAAAACUUCAUGCGCAGACCCUGGCAGCAGCGCAGGCCCAAGGAUUGUCACUUGUACAAGCCCAGGCAAAAGCUCAGUUUGCCAGCAAAGACUACAUCGCAAAAGCCCAGAGUCACGUCUCAUCUGCAGCUAUGCAAACCUCUUUGCCCAGUGCAGCGAUGAGUACACUUGUCACACAGCAGCAAGCACAGCAGCUGCAAGCCCAAAUACAGGUGAACGCGCAGAAGGUCCAUGCUCAAGCCCUCGCGACGGCACAGUCACAAGGCUUAAAGCCAAUGCAAGCGCAGGAAAAGGCAAAGCAAGCACAAGCAACUUACGUGCAUCGUGCUAAUGCCCAAGCGCAAGCGAAGAUCGCCCGAGCUCAAAGUCAAGGGCUAGCAUCAUCGUUGGUGAUGAGCGGCUGCUCAACUCCAGUCAUUGGUGGACCAUUUGCAUCCAAGGCUCAGCAAGAAGCAUUGGAGCUACAAUACCAAGGAUUGCGACUGGUUCGGUCAAUUUGCAAGCUACAUCCAUCGUGGUUGGCGUCACAGACGCUUAUAAUCGAUUGUUUACGAAAGCUUUGGCGAUCAUCGUCACGUGUCCAGCGGCUCGUUGCGCAUGACCGGCUGCCUAUUAAGUUUCAUUUGGAGUCGAAAUGGCUGAUUAAGUGCUUCAUCAUGUACAGUCGUGUUAAGCCAGACGACGUGCAAGUGUUGCUGGAUAUGUUGUCAGUGUUUUUGCACCGGACACCUUUUGACUUCAGUUUUCUGCAGACAUUUUAUCGUGAAGAAGUUGCAGCCAAGUACAGCGCUGCAAAUAAACGCAACCUUGUUCGAUUAUUUCUGCGCAUGCUUCGUGAAACGGCUGCGUCUGAGGAGCUCAAGGUACAUGCUGUACAGUUGUUAAUAAUGCCUGUGUUAAUUACAUCGUUUGAGGAUCCAAACGUCAACAAUAUUGACGUGAUGGACCUGGAUACCGUUAUGUGGAUGUUACGCGAGAUUCUGGCGAGCAAAGAUUAUCCACUUGAUACGAUGCAAAGUCUUCGAAUUGAAUUGCUUAAGUUAGGCACUUUGCUCAUCCAGCACAUGAGCAAGUACGUAACAGAGCAUCGAAAGGAAGUGAUUAAGUUUGCGUGGAAUCAUUUGAAAGCCCACGAUCUGACGUCCAAACUUUGGGCGUACGUAAAUGUUUGCCGUUUUAUCUCAGUCUACGACACCCCGCCCAAAAUUGUCUUGCAAGUCUAUGUGGCACUAUUGCGUACCCACGAAAUGGACGCGCGUUUUCUCGUGCGCAAGGCGCUUGACAUUCUCUUACCGGCCUUACCAAGCCGUUUGCCGUCGAACGAGUUUAUUAAGGCCAUUAAGUGGACGAAGAAAAUUGCUUACGAGGAAGGUCAUGUGCUUGGACAACUCGUCCAUAUUUGGUUCUUAAUAGUUCGCCAUCCAGCCUUGUUUUACCCAUUCCGCGGCCAGUUUAUUCCUCUGAUGGUAAAUUCGCUAAACCGCUUAGCGAUACCUCCGAGUAGUACGCCAGACAAUCGUAGGCUUGCGGUAAAUAUUGUGGAUUUAGUUGUUUCAUGGGAGCAAACACGUCAAGAACGUCUGGCGAUGCGAGGUGCUUUCUCUAAAACAAAAUCUACAAGCCUUGGUGAAGCGCUAAAGCGAAGCUCACCAAUGAGCACAGCGACGACGGAAAGAGCUAUGGGCGAUCAUUCUGCAAAGAAACGAAAGAUUAUGACAACUGAAGGUACUUGUGUAUCGGAUACAAAGGCUGUUGUUAUCCAGACGAGUGAGGGUUUGAGCGUAAGCGGACUUAGCUCGCUGCAGGUUCAAGUUCCAACGCAAACUUUGAUCACUGGAAGUGGCCACGUUUUAGCAUCGCCAUCGUCGGAAGUAAAUCGGGUGGCGAGUAACGAAGAUGACUUUGAACUGAAUGGUGCUAUGGUAGAUCUGGUGAUUAACUUUGCUUUCCGUUUUGCUCUUGCAUCUGCGGAUAAGCAGGAAACGAGUCGCUUAGCGAAAACUUGUGGUGAAUUAUUCGACAAGGCACUUCGAUUGUGGCCGUCUGCGUCCAUUCGAUUUUCCUACUUUGAUAAGCUCAUAGCUGUCACUGCUGAGACAGUGAUUCGGCAACAGCAUCAACUGCAGGCUUCUGUGAACGCUGCUGCUGCCACUUCUGGAGGGACAGGGCAGCAAAUUCCAAUUUCGGCACCAUUGCCGUCGACAGUGAUGCCUUCAUUCUUUGACGUUCCAAAGGGUGCGCCUCUAUCAUCGCCAGCAAUUCUUGACGCUGUCCUGGGUAUCUUAAACUCAUUGAUCACCCCCGAGGUCGUUACGAUGUCUAAACGUCUGAUACCAUGUGUUGUCCAGUACGCACCACGUAUAAUGAAGUUGCUUGAGCCGUGCUUCGAUCACCAGAACCACGACAUUCAAGCGAGCCUAACGAAGUUUCUGUGCCGAAUGAUCGAGUUGUAUCCACCUUCUCGCGCACCACAACCUUUGAUUGCAUGCAAGUUUUAUCCGUGGCUCCGCGAGAUUAUCAACGAGCGUAUUGUAAGCGCCGCGAUGUUUCAGCAAGACUUGAACGUGAGUGGAGCAGGGGGAGGACCAGGUGGUAAUGCCACAUCAGGCCAUGGCCACGUUGCUGUCAAGCAGCACAAGGAUCCGAGUGGCAUCAACCCGUUAAUCAAUUACGAGGGAGCACGUAUGCGCUUGCUGUUCGCACAACAUCCUCGGAUUGUUAUGUCGCCUUCGAACUACCCCGGCGAAUUCACUUUAAAACUCCUAAGUGGUCUGGCUGAGACUACGCCAGAUUUUGCGGAUCACUUUGCUCCAGCACUGUUGAAGUUGGCGCAACGAUUCACGCGUGAGCAUUUAAUUCAGUCAGCUACAGAAGAAAAUGAAGGUGCUCAUGGUGGAAAGCGCGGAGGAAACAAUGGAACAGCAAUUGGUGUGGAAAGUGGGCAAGCUGUUGUGGACUCGUUUGGACGGAACCGAGUGAUGGCUACACCAUCGUUAGCAAUUGUGAAUGAAUGGAAUCAAAUGAUGGUGGGAAGAUCCAACUUAGCAGUGAAUAAUGUUGUACGGCAUGUUGCGAAGAAACGCGAGGUUUCAGGUGAGAAGUCUACGUCCAAGAAGAAGUGUAGUGCCAACGAUCUAUCUCUUGGAAGUGAAAUAGCUAAGACAAAAUCAAGCAGCGCAAUGAAAAAGAAGAUGGGGACUGGCAUAGGCAGCACGUCAGCGCGAAGUGGGUUUAUUGAUGGCAGUAGCAAGAGACCGAUUGAGCUUCUUGUCUUGUGCUACGCUUUACUGGCAAAGUGCACUUUUUCAACAAGCGAACACCGUCGUCUUUACACGAAUUUGCUGGUGCACUGUCUUGAAGGGUCAUUCAACAUUCCGCUUCUGCUUCAAAUUACGAGAAUUGUUGCCAAAAUGGUUGCAUCUACAGAUGCUCAUCAGAUUUUAACCACCAAAGACAAGAUGACCUUGCUGAACAAGAUGGCGACCUUUGAUCGGCUUAACGAAAUAUCUGCUGUUCCUUUGAAUGAGGAAUACUAUUUGUUGGUUCUCAAGCUCUGUGAGCAACCACCGAGCGAAUCUAGAGCACAAACCCGUUUGUUGCAAUUAAGCCCGACGCCACAGAGUCACAGCCUUACGACACACUUUGUGGCUGGCUUGCUUGCUCCAGAUCCAGCAAUACGCAAGAAAUUCCUGAAUAUUUUCUUUGCAGCUGCCGGUCCAGGGCCCGUUGCACGGGUCCAAUUUGUGCUGCGUCAGGAUUGGCAAGCUUGCGGAACUAGAUACUGGCCCGUUAUUGUGAUUGAAACGCUGAUGGCGGCCGUCUCCCCAAUUGCGUCACCAUCUGUUUCCGCAAUGCCAGGUUCACAACCUCCAAUAAAUAUAACUUCGGCGAGAGCUUCUACCCAUUCUGAGUUCCUUGCCAACUACGGUCGGGUGAAAUCAUCCGAACUGAUUUUGAGCUUACGCGACUUGGCACAUAUCGAUUUGGAGCUAGCCAAAGAGUUGUGGGUGAAUUUGUUUAGCGCAGUAUGGGAACUGCUGAAAGAGUCGGACCAAAUGCAGAUGACGAGCCAACUGCUGAAAAUUCUGGCGUCCAAAUACAACAAACGCGACCUAAAUGUGCCACUUGGUGCGUCAACUCCUCGCCGCACAAAUGUGGUACAAACCCUGAUGAAAGGUAUUGUGAGCACAAGGUCCAGUGCGCCAGUAAUGACACCCGAACUUGUUCUGCACGUUGCAUCAGCCUACGAUGUAUGGGGCUGUGCAUUGAGACUCUGCGAGUUUCACGUAGAGAACUCGAACCAGAGCGUGGAGAGCCGACUGCGAUGGAUUGAAGCCCUCAGUGCUAUCUACAAACAGCUGGGUGAAGAUGAUCUUCGAAUUGGAUUAAGUUUUGAAAAUGUAGCGCAGCCUGAAACGCGCACAGCGCUGGCUUUAGAAGCACUCGGCUGUGUCCACGAAGCGCAGGAGGAGUACUUCCGUGCUCUUUUAAAAGCGCAAAGCGGACAUGUUAGUAUUGAGGAGGUGAACAUGUUUGAGUUAAGGUUGUGGGAGGAACGCUGGGUGGAGUGCGCGAAGCAGCUUUGCCAGUGGCAGCUCAUGAAUGACUUUGCGAAGUCGACACAAAAUCAAGAGUUGCUGCUAGACUGUGCGUGGAAACGUGGAGACUGGUCUUCAGCAAAACAAUUACUGCUAUCACCAUCGAUGCAAUCCUCGACGGAGCUGGGAUGUCCGCAGACCCGUCUACAGCGUUUGUACAUUGCAAUUCUUGAUGCAGACAAGCGCAGCGCUAUCGAUAACCUUGCCGCUCAGACGGCUGAGCUUGCGCUGCAUCAAUGGCAAGGACUACCACGUAUCCUUUCUCGUGCGCAUUUACCGCUCAUGCACCUCUUUCACAAGUUCGUGGAGGUAAAAGAGUCAAUCCAGAUGAUGGAAGACAUUAAGUCUGCAAGUACUCAACAUGCAGCAAUGCCGAACCUCAAACCGUCUAUAAAUACAUGGCGGGAGCGCUUGCCGAAUAAGUGGGAACCCAUUCUUCUUUGGGAUGACAUUCUGACGUGGAGAUCACAUAUGUUCCAAGUGGUUAAGACUACGUUUGCGUGGAGCGAUGCGCAGGUGCUUGCCUGUAUGCACGACAGUCCGUGGUCCGUUAUCAAACUUGCGCAUACAGCUCGUAAACAACGACUACCUGAUGUGUGUCUCGGCGCGCUAGCCAAGUUGUACUCGGUUCCAGCCAUGGACGUACAGGACGCCUUCUCAAAACUCCGUGAGCAAGUUAGCAUUUGCUACGAGAGUGCUACAGAGUAUUCAGGUGGACUUAGCAUUCUGAAUACAACUAACCUGGAUUACUUCAGCAUUAGACAAAAGGCGGAGAUGUUUCGGCUCAAAGCCCUCUUCUUAGAAGCACAGGGAUCUCUUUCGGAAGCCAACCAGACAUUUUCUCACUGUUUGCAAAUUUGCAAUAGCUAUGGCAAAGGAUGGCUUUCGUGGGGGCACUAUUGCUACCGGCUGUUCCUGCAGCGGAAAGAACUCUCUCUGGCUUCACAAACGAUUGCGUGCUACUUGCAAGCAAUUCACCACCGAUGUAAUUCAGCACGUCUAAUGAUUGCUCGUGUGCUCUGGUUGCUGAACAUGGAUGACCGACAUGGAGCUCUUAUUCAGGCUUUUGAGACACAUGGAAAACAGUUACCGAUCUGGAUUUGGAUCAUUUGGAUUCCACAGUUACUUAUGGCGCUCGGCCGUCCGGAAGCGCCCCAAAUCCGAGGUUUGUUACGUGGCCUUUCAGCCAAAUUCCCUCAGGCGCUGUAUUAUACAAUGCGAGCUUUUUUUCUUGAAAACCGUGACAUUGCACUGAUGCUUGCUAACCAACAGCAUCCAUCAACUGCAGCAAGCUCAACGGACACGUCGCUUUCUGCGAAUGCAGCCUCUCCAUCUGGGACGCAUACGUACUACAGAACGAAAUCGGGACAUGUUGUUGGAGUUCCCGCGACUAUGUCAGUUGCUCAAGUACAAGAAGUUCCAGGACUCGUUGGUCCACCUCGCCCGUCACCUGCAGCAUUCAACGCACCACCAGAUGUUGUAUUGUCGCUGGAUGCAUGGACUGAAAAGCUUCGCAGCCACAGUGUUGAUGGGCAAUUGCUGAAGCCUGAAGUCGGCCCCGUGCAAUACACAGAAGACUUAUUGAACUUUUUGCGUAGAUCGCACGACUCCCUUACGUUUGAAAUGGAAUGUAUGCUGGAAGAGAUGAUUACCCGAUUCCGGCCAGAGCCAGAAGAAGAACUUCUCACGGCUGUUCACGCACUUUUACAGAAGUGUUAUCAGCUUCCAAGAUUGACAAAAACGGAGCCUGUACCAAAAAUGCUGCGCGCAGCACUUGCGAGGGUGUGUCGGAAGCUCUUUGUGAUGCUUUCACACCAGAAAAACGAAAAUCACGAGGCAUUUGUGGAAGAGUUUAAGGACGCGUUUGAGCGUGAUUUUAUUCCACUUGAGAACGUUGAUGCGCAGCAGCAAGACAAAGCGGCUACAACUCUCUACGAAAUCAUGAACCGACUGAAGCGUUGGAAAAGUUUACUUCAAUUGCGUGUAAAGAAGGCGGGCAAGCGAAACGCUGGUAGGCUGUAUCUAGAGCGGUGCAGUCGACACCUGAUCGAGCUCAGCAGUUCCAACGUUGAGGUCCCAGGACAGUAUGUCUCAGAUAGCGAGCCUAUAAAGGAUCUACAUGCACGAAUCCAGCAUUUUGAGAGUACGGUAGAUGUGCUAUUGCGUAACGGAUUUACUCAGCGACGUGUAACCAUGGGUGGCAGCGACGGCCGGGCAUACUACUUUUUGGUACAAUAUGCAAUGACACACAUUACACGAACGGAUGAGCGAAUGAUGCAGAUGUACCUACUGUUGAAUCGAUUGCUAGUACGUCACAAGGAAACCAAGAAACGCAAUACGGUCUUUCACGUACCAAAAGUGAUUCCCUUAACGCCGCGAGUGCGGCUACUCGAAGACAACCGCGACUUUGUCACGCUUGGCGAAGUCUAUGAGCUAGAUUGCCAAAUUGAGAACAAGGAUCCAGACAUUCCAAUGGAGCUAUAUCGUGAGCGUGUUAGCGAAGCAUUCGCAGCAGCAGGGGCAGAAAACGACUCGAGCAUGCAGGAGGAGAGGCGUGUUGCGCAGGCCAAAGCUCGUGCUUUCCGCGAAAUCUGCAGUGAGCAUGUACCAGAAACUCUGUUGGCGAAGUAUGUGUACGGCAUCUCGGCGCACAGCGACGCUUACUUUCAGUUUCGCAGCGAGUUCAUAAAGCAUCUAGCACUAUCAAGCUUUCUGUCGUACGUACUCUUUGUUGGAGACCGGGCACCUCACCGCGUGCUCUUCUCACGGCGCACUGGUCGGGUGGUGAGCACCGAGCUACGUCCUGGAUAUGCAAGCAGCGGAAUUUUGGAGGCGGCGACGACGAUGCCUUUUCGCCUUACGCGCAAUCUCUAUAGCUUCAUGACACGCUCGGGUGUACAGGGGCCAUUUGGUGUCGGAAUGAUAGCCGCCGCUGAAGCCCUUAUGAGUGAAGAGGACAUCUUGAGCAACCAGUUGUGUCUCUUCUUCAGAGAUGAUUUGCUGUCAUGGCACGCGUCGAAGACUCGAUUUCUGUCUCUUGACACGCAAGCCGCGGGUCGUGCGUCGUCUCCUAGUGCAUCCCCUGGUCCCGCAUUAGCGCAGCGCCAUGUGGAGUCGCAAGUACAGCAACGUGUAGAAGCAAAUGUGAGUCUCGUGCUCGAGAGGAUUCGAGGAGUGUCGCUGAAGAAAAAAAGUGGCGUAUCCUUGCAAGGCAUGAGCGUGCAAGAGCUGCUGGAUAUUGCUACCAGCCCGGAACGUCAGCAGGAAAUGUACCCAACGUGGUCUCCGUGGCUGUAA